CCGACCCUUCGACUUCAUGUGAGAGAUGGCAAAUGCCGAAGUGAGCGUCCCUGUUGGGGACGUGGUGGUCGUGCCAAGUGAAGGAAAUGGAGGGCAGAACCCAGAAGAUACCAAAACCCAAGUGAUACUGCAGCUUCAGCCCGUGCAGCAAGGUUUGUUUAUCGAUGGACACUUUUACAACAGGAUUUAUGAAGAGGGCUCUGAGACCAGCGCUGCUGUAGUAGCUGUAGAAACACACACCAUCCACAAACUUGAGGAAGGGAUUGACCCAAGCACCAUUGAAACUAAUGAGGAAAUUGAGAUUGCUUAUCCCAUCACCUGUGGUGAGAGCAAAGCCAUCCUCCUUUGGAAGAAGUUUGUCUGUCCAGGAAUUAACGUCAAGUGUGUUAAGUUCAAUGACCAGCUGAUCAGCCCUAAGCACUUUGUUCACCUGGCUGGCAAGUCCACCCUGAAGGACUGGAAGAGAGCCAUUCGCCUUGGAGGAAUCAUGUUGAGGAAGAUGAUGGACUGUGGGCAGAUCGACUUCUAUCAGCAUGACAAGGUUUGCACCAACACCUGCCGAAGCACCAAGUUUGAUCUCUUGAUCAGCAGUGCCAGAGCACCAGUGCCAGGGCAACAGACAAGCGUGGUGCAAACUCCCACAUCAGCGGAUGGGAGCAUCACCCAGAUUGCACUUUCUGAGGAGAGCAUGGAGGAGGGGAUUGAGUGGAACUCUGCCCUGACAGCUGCUGUCACCAUGGCCACUGAGGAGGGCAUGAAGAAAGACAACGAUGAGAUUUCGGAGGACACGCUGAUGUUCUGGAAAGGCAUAGCUGAUGUGGGACUGAUGGAGGAGGUGGUCUGUAACAUCCAGAAGGAGAUUGAAGAAGUGCUGAAAGGAGUUCAGCAGCGGCUUGGCCAGUCUUCCUUCCCGAUCACAGAUGCUGCAGUCCUAAAUAAUGUGGCUCACACUUUUGGCUUGAUGGACACUGUCAAGAAAGUUUUGGACAACAGGAAAAGCCAGACGGAUCAGGGAGAAGAGCAGUUUCUUUAUACUCUAGCAGACCUGGAACGUCAGCUGGAGGAGCAGAAGAAGCUUGCCAAGGAUCAGAAGGCAAAGUCUCAGACUAUCCAGAAUGUGGUGCUGAUGCCCGUCAGUGCUCCAAAGCCCCCUAAAAGACCCCGCCUGCAGCGCCCUGCUUCAGCCACGGUCUUGAGUCCUUCUACCCCCAUCCAGCAGCCUCAGUUCACGGUCAUAUCGCCUAUUGCCAUUGCACCCAUGGGACAACAGUUCUCAGUAGGCAACAUCCCAGUGGCAACCAUCAGCCAGGGCUCCAGCCCGAUGACUGUUCACACCUUGCCAUCUGGCUCGCAGCUUUUCCGGUAUACCACUGUGGUGUCAUCCUCCAAGACUAACUCAUCUGACACUGUGACCCUUCAUCCAUCCUCCAGCCUGGCACUGCUGAGCUCAGCUGCUAUGCAGGACAGCAGUGCCAUAGCUAACAUGGCUGCAGUGGUGAACCCGGUAGAACUGGUGGCCAUGGAGUCUGGCCUGACCUCUGCCAUCCAAGCUGUUGAGGGUACCACAGAAGAUGGACAGACCAUCAUAGAGAUAGACCCAGCACCAGAUCCUGAAGCAGAGACUGAGGAGUCAGAAGCCAAAGCUGUGAUUCUGGAAACAGAGCUGAGGACUGAGGAGAAGGUGGUGGCAGAGGUUGAGGACCAUCAGCACCAGGUCCACAAUGUAGAGAUUGUGGUCUUGGAGGACUAGCCAGGAAAGCGAAUCUCAUGGUUAAGGGGAGGAUUGCUUUCUUUGUUGUUGUCGAACUAAUUUUUACAGCCACCCUGUUAGUUCCCAUGGGUUUUGUUCUUUCUUUUCUUUUUUUUUAACAAUUAUUUAAAAAAAAA